AUGGAGAUGCACAUGCUUGAAGCACGCGCACAGGGUCGUGGCCGUCGUCUCGCAGCCGGCGCUAUCGCCGGUAUCGCCAUUGCCGGCUUCGUCGUCUUCCUGGCAUUCCUGCUCUGCUGUUAUUGCUGCUGCUUCCGCAAGAAGCGCUCUCGCAACCAGGAGAAGGUCCACUACGGCGGCCCUCCCGUGGCCCACCAGAACGGCGGCGGCGGCUUUAUGGGCAGGAUUAAUGGCAUGAUGGGUAGGAGGAGAGGACCUGAUUACGGGGUGCAGCAGCCUCCCCCAGCCCACUACCGCUGA